GGACCACCGAGAGCCAGAAAGGACCACUGAGAGCCACCUCUGCUCCCGCCCCGCAUCCCUGCAGCUUCCCGGGGGUGAAGAUGAGUGAUGAAGAGAUUCUGGUGUAUGCAGUAGAACUUGGAAAAAAUUUCUGCCUCUAUUUUGAAGACGACGAUGAGCUGGAGUGUGAUGCCCUGUGCAAGGAAAAGACCCUGCACCGAGUGCUGAGGAACGUGAACAGCCAGCUGCUGGUGGUGCGCCCCGACCUGAACGUGGCAGCCUUUGAGGAUGUGACAGACCAGGAGAUGCAAUCUGGCAAGGGGAUGCUUUUCAGCAUCCACUGCUACAAAACCACCACACCCUUAGCUGGGCUGCCCGUGGCCUUCACUGUCCAAGUGGAAAACAAGAGUUACUACAUGUGCUGUGAGAGGGAAUGUGGGAAAAUGAUCGUCAGGUUCAAGGAAGGAGAAGUUCCCAAAGAAAUUUCUGGUGAAAGCAACUUCAUCUUUUUCAAAAAGACAUUUACACCUUGCUGCUCCCAAGCAUUUAAGUUUGAAUACUCCAUGGAGCAGGGAAUGUUCUUGGCCUUUGAGGAAGAAGGUUACUUGAGAAAAUUAAUCCUUAAGAAACUGUCAGAAGAUGAAGUAGAUGAAACCAUGAAGAUAAGUUUAUGUAAGUUCAGUCAAAAUGAAAAUCACAACCUAUGAUGGAACACUUCAACAGUUUUAAAAUAGUUUCUUUUUUAUAUAAAAUAAACUUU